AUGUCCAACGGUUUGAAGAACGAGCCCGCGACGAAUGGGCUGCUCAAUGGCGUCGACGACAGUUUUCAGCUUGGCGACUUUGCCAUCGACGAGUACAGGCCGAUCAAGGUGGUCGUCAUAGGCGCAGGAUACAGCGGCAUCAUUGCGGGAAUCAGGUUUCCGCAGAGGAUACCCAAUGUUGAGCUGACGAUAUACGAGAAGAAUGCAGGCAUUGGUGGGACGUGGUACACCAAUAAGUAUCCUGGUGUAGCAUGCGACACGCCAUCUCACUCCUACCAGCUCACGUUUGAGCCCAAGACCGACUGGUCCAGCUUUUAUCCGCCCGGCCCGGAGAUUUUGUCCUACCUCGAGUCCGUCGUUGAUAAGUACAAGCUCAUGCGCUACAUCAAGCUGCAACACCGCGUCGUGGAAGCUCGGUACGAUGAGCCAACGGGUAAAUGGCACCUGCGCGUGAGGCGCCCGCGAUCUGCCAAUCCGGCCGAGGAAUACGAAGAGUUUACGCAUUCCGCUGAUUUCCUCCUCACGGGCAUUGGCGUUCUCAGCCGGUGGGACUGGCCUGAUAUCGAUGGCCUGCACACUUUUGAAGGCAAGCUCCUGCACAGCGCCGACUUUGACGUCGGCAAUCGAACGUGGCAGGAGGCAACCGAGGAGUGGAAAUGGAAGGACAAGAAGGUUGGCGUGAUUGGCGUGGGCUCGAGCGCGAUCCAAAUCGUUGCCGCGUUGCAGCCGCGCGUCGGUAAGCUGGUUCAGUUCGUGCGCGGCAAGACUUGGAUAUCCCCACCGUUUGCGAGUGCACAAUACGCGGAACUGGUCAAUCGUGAUCAGAGCGUUGAAAACUACACGUUCACGGAGGAGGCUAAGGAGUCGUUCAAGGACCAGGUAUUCUACAAGCACUUCCGGCACGAGUUGGAAUCGUUAAUCCACUCUUACCAUGGUCUCACCCUGCGGGACAGCGUACAGCAAGCGGCGGGACGCGAGGCAUUCACGGAGCACAUGCGUAAAAAGCUCUCGAUAAAGCCGUGGAUUAUGGAUCACCUGCUUCCUGACUGGAGCGUCGCAUGCAGACGGUUGACGCCGGCGCCUGGAUACCUGGAAGCACUGUGUGAGGAGAAUGUAGACUUUGUACCCAAAGAGAUUCGGCGGGUCACUCCGCGAGGCAUCGAGACAGUCGAUGGGCAGCAUACUGAUCUCGACGCUGUCAUUUGCGCCACUGGCUUUGAUGUCUCCUUCCAACUCGACUUCCCCAUCAUUGGCCGCGACGGGGUGUCCGUUCAAGAGAAAUGGACCCCGCAUCCCUCGACGUACCUUUCGCUGUGCACGGAUGGCUUCCCGAACUGGUUCAUGUCGAUCGGUCCGAAUGGAGCAUUAGGCGUAGGCUCGUUGCUUAUUAUGAUAGAGCGCCAGAUCGAGUAUGCGGUCAUGGCUGCAAAGAAGAUGCAGCGCGAGAGGCUAAAGAGCAUCGAGGUCAAGAGUGAAGCGGUGAGAGAUUUCGAUGAAUAUUUGGAGACUGUUUUCAGCGAUAACUGCAGGUCGUGGUAUAAAAUGGGCAAGGUAGAUGGAAGGAAUGUCGCCAUCUGGCCUGGAUCAUCCUUGCACUCCGUACGUGCUCUCGAGCAUCCGCGCUGGGAAGACUACAAGUAUGAAUAUACCGAUGGCGUGCGCAAUCGGAUGUACUGGCUUGGAGACGGGCAGACGUACAACGAGAAGACGAUGACGGGGGAUCGAGCAUGGUAUUUGAAUGACGAUGAGGUGGACAUCCCUCCCGGUGAGUCUUACAGUGAAAACCUGCUAGAUUCAUUGCCGAAACCUCCCCUCAGUACCAGCAGAUUAGUGUCUCAGGGCACUGUGGAUUACAAUGCAAUGGUGUCAUUUUAUGAAGUUUUUGUAUCGGAAACUGAGGGAUAG